AGGAGCUCAUGUGGAACUCCAGCUAGAUCUAUUACCUCGAUACAUUUCAACAACAUCCAUUUGUUGUAACUCGAUAGGAUACAAUAAUUGCCUCUAUUAAACACAUGACAGUAUUCUUCAGCUCUGAGCAUAGAGAAGUUAGGGGGAUUGUGUUGUACUGCUUUGAAGGAGCCGCCUUCGGUUGAGAUAAAAGAGUAAUCACGUGUUCCGCAGCUGCGCACGUGCUCCACCGCGAGCAUAUUGCUGCUGAUGUUGGCGCAACGCUUCAGAUCGGGCGGAUACCACAACGCUUGUGCCAGGGCAGUACCGCCGGUGGACGGAGCAUCUUUUAAAUUUGCCGAGAAGAAUCUAUUAAAGUUUUUUCUAUGAUUUGACUGGACAAACAUUUCAAAACCGUUGGAUCUCAUAGAUCUAACCUAACCCCCCCCAAAAAAACCACCUUCUCUCUACCCCCUGAACACCUGAUCUCUCUUCCUUCUCACGGCCACUCUCCGCCGUCCUCCGUCGCUGCGGUCACUUCAAGCCGCAGUUCCUGCUGUCGCCAAGAUCAUCCAGACUCCGGCUCACCACCACAAUCAGUUAAGGGCACCCCAGUUCCAGCUCCUCCAGCUGACUGUCAGAUCGUCCCAACCGCACUUUCUCGUGAACCUCCAUAGCUGAGGACUUGUUUUCAGCUUGUGAGAAAACAAAAAAUUAGCUGAUAAGUUCAUAGUGAUCUUCCCGAGCUUCCUCCGUAAACUCGUAGCUCGAAUUCUAAUGGCUGCCGAGGAUAGAUUGCGAUAGGGCUACGGAAUUGUUCGGCAUUGUCCGGAAGAUUGGUCUAAUGGAUUCGUGAUUGAUCCACGGCUAGUGCUUAUGGUGUUUACAUUGUGCACGCUGGUAGAUAACAUGGGCUUACUCUGCAGUAGACAGCGAUAUAGCAGAGCUGAUCUUGAGGAGAAUGAGCAGACUGCGGAAAUAGAUAGGCGAAUUGAGCAAGAAACAAAGGCUGAGAAGCAUAUCCAGAAACUUCUGUUACUUGUUGUUUGUUCAUUUAUGGGUACGAGCCGCUUAUUACUUCUGAAUGCUAUGCAGAUUAAACUUCUUUUUCAGAGUGGAUUUGACGAGGCUGAACUGAAAAACUACAUCUCAGUCAUCCAUGCCAAUGUUUAUCAGACAAUAAAAAUAUUACACGAUGGAUCGAAGGAACUAUCUCAAAGCUCUGAGGAUUCCUCCAAGUUCAUUUUGUCUAAUGAAAUAAAGCAAAUUGGGGAAAAAUUUUCCGAGAUUGGUGGUGGGUUAGAUUAUCCACGUCUGACUAAAGAACUUGCUUAUGAGAUUGAAACUCUCUGGAGAGAUAAUGCUAUACAGGAAACAUAUUCCCAUGGAAAUGAACUUCAAGUUCCAGAUUGUACCCUGUAUUUUAUGGAAAAUUUGCAAAGGUUUUCUGAUGCAGACUAUGUUCCUACUAAGGAAGAUAUUCUUUAUGCCAGGGUUCGGACAACUGGUGUUGUAGAAAUCCAAUUCAGCCCAGUUGGGGAGAAUAAAAAAAGUGGAGAGGUAUAUAGGCUCUUUGAUGUUGGGGGCCAGAAAAAUGAAAGAAGAAAAUGGAUUCAUCUAUUUGAGGGUGUUUCAGCUGUGAUAUUCUGUGCUGCUAUAAGCGAGUACGAUCAAACUCUCUUUGAGGAUGAUAACAAGAAUCGAAUGGUGGAGACUAAGGAACUCUUUGAGUGGGUCCUGAAGCAACCUGGUUCCAUCUAUGAAAAUGCUAGAAUCUCUGUUUUGUAAUAACGUGUUUCUAUGCAUUAGCUUAUCAUUGUUUAUUUUUUGCCUUUUCCUCAAUGCAGAAAACUUCUUUCAUGCUCUUUCUCAACAAAUUUGACUUAUUCGAAAAGAAGGUUCUGAAAGUCCCCCUGGACGUAUGUGAUUGGUUCAAGGAUUAUCAGCCAGUUUCUACUGGGAAACAAGAAACUGAAAAUGCAUAUGAAAAAAAUUUGAGGAACUGUAUUUCCAGAGCACUGCCCCUGAUCGUGUUGACCGUGUAUUUAAGAUCUACAGAACUAGUGCCUUAGACCAGAAACUUGUCAAGAAGACUUUCAAGCUAGUAGACGAGACUUUGAGAAGGUGAAAUCUAUUUGAAGCAGGUCUGGUGUAAUGCGUGUUAAACUUUUGAUUACACUUCUGAGUUACAGAUAUUGAGCUGCUGGUUGGUAAUCCACAUGUUACAUAGCUUGAUUUGUUAAGGUGCUACCGUAUUAGCCUUAAUUUCUUGAAUAUUAUUAAUUAUUGAUCUUCUCGACUUAGAACCCUUUUCUUCUCCAAGAAAAAGUAAAAUGAAACAACAACAACAACAA